UAAUUAAACAAUCCUUCUGAAAUGUGUAGCAGAGUCAGUUACCUCCAUAUCCUAUAGCUCGUCUCUUCCGGUGAGCCAAAACCCUAACCCUAACCUGAAUUUUGAUCCUAAAUGGAACCGGCGAACGAUGAUGACCACCGAGCUAAUGGCUCCGACCACAGCCAUUUGGCUAAGAAACCUAAGCUGUCCACCAGCUCGUCUUCUCUCAUUACGGAUUCCGAAAUACGUGAAGAGUUCGCCCAUCAUCAGCCGGGGAUAGCUCGUAUCAAUAACGGCAGCUUCGGUAGCUGUCCGGCGUCCAUCAUCGCAGCUCAGAAGCGUUGGCAGCUCCGUUUUCUACAGCAACCCGAUGACUUCUUCCUUAACCAUCUUCAGAAGCGGAUUCUUCAUUCACGGACUAUUAUCAAGGAUGUUAUUAAUGCGGAGCACGUGGAUGAGGUGUCUCUUGUGGAUAACGCUACUACUGCCGCUGCAAUCGUUCUUCAACAUGUUGGAUGGGCUUUCGCGGAGGGACGGUUUAAGAAAGGAGAUGCUGUAGUCAUGCUCCAUUGUGCGUUUCAGGCUGUUAAGAAAUCGAUUGAGGCUUAUGUCACCCGGGCUGGUGGUUCUGUGAUCGUUGUUCAUUUGCCGUUUCCUCUUCGUUCGGAGGAAGAGAUUGUUGCGGAGUUUCGGAAAGCGUUGGCUAAGGGGAAAGCGAACGGAAAGAAGGUUCGGUUGGCUAUCAUUGAUCACAUUACAUCAAUGCCGUGUGUUGUCAUACCUGUGCGUGAUUUGGUUAAGAUUUGUAGGGAAGAAGGUGUUGAACGAGUGUUUGUCGAUGCUGCCCAUGCCAUUGGCAGUGUUCCUGUCGAUGUUAAAGAAAUUGGAGCUGAUUUUUAUGUAAGCAACUUGCACAAGUGGUUUUUCUGUCCUCCAUCGGUUGCCUUUUUGUAUUGUCGGAAAUCACCUGUAUCACCUGAUCUACACCAUCCUGUGGUGUCUCAUGAAUAUGGCAAUGGACUAGCCAUUGAAAGUGCAUGGAUAGGGACGAGAGACUACAGCUCUCAGCUAGUUAUACCUGAGGUGUUAGAAUUUAUAAAUAGGUUUGAGGGUGGGAUUGAGGGAAUUAGGUGGAGGAAUCAUAAGGCUGUGAUUGAAAUGGGACAAAUGUUGGCCAGUGCUUGGGGAACAUCGCUUGGCUGCCCCCCUGACAUGUCUCCAGGUAUGGCAAUGGUUGGUUUGCCUGUUAACCUUAGGAUUCUCAGCGAUAAGGAUGCUUUAAAUUUGAGAAAUCAUUUGCGUGACCAUUUUGGGGUGGAAGUCCCAAUUCACUACGAGGAAAUAAAGGAAUUACAGGAUGGUGAUGGCUACGUGACAGGAUAUGCUCGGAUUUCUCAUCAGGUUUACAAUAAGGUUGAUGACUAUAUAAAGUUGAAGGAUGCAAUUCUUCAGCUUGUGCGAGACGGAGUUACUUGUAAGAUGCUUCACUCAGAAUAAGAGGAAUUUUUCAGAUAGUUUAUUGAUAGGUUACUUCACCAGUUUGUAUGGAGUUUGUACUCUGGAAAAACAAGUUGUAGAAGUUUUCUGGUUAUCAAGAAUAAUCCUUGUAGAAGAAGCAUUGUAAGCGGCUAAUAAAUACCUAUUAUCGUUCCAAUUUGGAAGUAGAAUUGUGAUUA